AAUCAAGUAUUUAAGUAGGUAUUCACUAUGGAGUGAACAUAAUCAUCUCUGAAUCAUAAACUUCAAUGGGAACUCUUCUUGGCCAUCUUGUACCUGGUUUUGCCCUUGCCUUCCUUGGUCUAUGGCAUACUAUAAACACCAUUGGAGCUUAUUACAAAAAAGGCCAUACUAAGUUUAUGUUAAGAUUUUGGUAUCCAUUGAAGACUCCUCUCUGCAAACUAGAACACAUCGAACUCAUUCUUGUCUUGACAUUUUCAGUAUUUGCUAUGUUAAUGCAAGUCAUAGACUUCCCAUACAUGCAAUUCUCCUUCAAGCUAGACAAUUUUGAACAUGCAACUAUGUUUCUCCACCUAGCUAUAUUUGCAGGUUACACACUAUUCUCGGAGUUCAAUAGUUCGACUGAUACUCCGGUAGGUGUGUCGGGAAUUCUUGCAGCCUCGGUUUUCGGACAAGAACUUUUCCUACUUCAUUUUCAUUCAACUGAUCAUGUUGGACUUGAAGGGCAUUACCACUGGCUGCUGCAGCUUAUAGUUUGCAUUUCCCUUGUGGCAGCAAUAUUUGCAACUUGUUUCCCUGCUAGCUUUCCUGCGGCACUUGUUCUUACAGUUUCUGUCAUUUUCCAAGGUUGUUGGCUCAUUAACAUGGGAUUCGUGUUAUGGGUUCGUAAGUUCAUCCCACAUGGAUGCUCUGUUCAGUCGAGUAAUGCUAGCAACAGUAUCAUGGUAGGAGCCGUUCUAUGUGAAACACACGAGGCGGAUUUGAGAGCAAGAGCGAUGGCUAACUUGCAGUUUAGUUGGAUACUUGCAGCAAUUUUGAUGAUUGUAUCAUGUAUUUCUCUGGUUUUCGAUAGACAGCAGAUGCCACCGAGGAUGUCACCUGAGUACGAGAAACUUAAUAGCACGCAGUUGAAUGAUGUUGGAUUCAAGCAAAUCCAACUGCAAGUUCGUAAUUAACUACGUAAUUUAUAUAUCUAACUAUCAAUAAUUUGAAAUCUGUCUGCUAUUGUGUUGUGAAUUACUUGUAUCCAGCCUUCGGUAUGUCUAUUAUUUGAAGAGAAUAACAUAUGUUGAUCAAGCUAAUUUGGCAGUGUAAAAAUGUACUUUUAUUCGAGUUAAACACUCGCCCUAUGUGCUCUGGCAUUGUAUGCUGUAUUAUAUUUCU